CCAUCGCUAAUCGUGCCGACUAGCUAGCUCCGUGUAAUCAACCCAGUAAUCACCAUGGCGACCUCUAUGAAGGAUAUGAUCAUGACAAGUGUGGCCGCGAGGAAGGAGUAUGCCCAUGCUAAGAUCAGCGUGGUGGGAGUCGGGCAGGUCGGCAUGGCAUGUGCAUUUAGUGUUAUGCUGCAGGGCGUUGCCAGUGAACUGUGCCUGGUCGACGUUCAGCCUGACAAGCUGAGAGGGGAGAUGCUCGAUCUACAGCAUGGCCUCGCAUUUGUCAAGAAGAUCACAAUCAAGGCUGAUACAGACUACGAGGUGACUGCCAAUUCCAAGAUCUGCAUCGUGACAGCAGGCGCGCGUCAACGUGAAGGAGAGACACGACUUGACCUGGUCCAGAAGAAUGUCAAGAUUUUCCAGCAUAUCAUUCCUCAGCUCGUGAAGCACAGCCCCAACACGAUCCUGCUCAUCGUCUCCAACCCCGUCGACGUGCUCACCUACGUCGCCUGGAAGAUCAGCGGCCUUCCCAGGAACCGCGUCAUCGGCAGCGGAACCAACCUGGACUCAUCCCGAUUCCGCUUCCUGAUGGGGGAGAGGCUGGGCAUAGCUCCGUCCAGCUGUCAUGGAUGGGUGAUCGGAGAACAUGGCGACUCGAGUGUUGCGAUUUGGAGUGGCGUGAAUGUAGCUGGAACGCGGCUGCUCACCAUAAAUCCUGAAAUCGGCACGGAUAAGGACGAAGAGAACUGGGGCGAUAUACAUCGUCAGGUCGUCCAGAGCGCAUAUCAGAUCAUCAAACUGAAGGGGUAUACGUCGUGGGCGAUUGGUGUGAGCGUGUCUACGCUAUGCUCAUCCGUAUUGCGAGAUACUAACAGCAUCUACGCGGUCUCAGUCUUUGCUAAGGGUCUGCACGGCAUAGAUCAGGAUGUUUGCCUGAGUCUGCCGUGUGUGCUCGGCGAAAACGGCAUCACGGAGGUAAUGCUGCAGCAGCUGCAGCCAGAGGAACUUGCUCAGCUGCAAAAGAGCGCCAAGGUGAUGGGCGAGACGCUAACAAGCAUCAAGUGUUGCCAUGUCUGAUUCCACUUGACGUGAUGCGGCCAAGAUGCCUGGGCGCGCCGAGGAUUGACACUGUGUCUUCCAAUCACAGCCUAC